UGUAAUAUGGCAGAUAAUCUACACGAGAGUUCCCUGUGCUUAAAUUAGCCUGCUAGCUAGUUAGCCAGCUUGCUCUUUGCUUUUUAAAAGUAAUUUAAUAUUAUUAUAACUCACAGCUGGGGCUAAACUUUACCGUUUCACUUCCGCUUGCCCCCGCAACGAUCGUCAGGAGUUACGUUAACUAUAACUGCCAUUUCCCGUGAAGGAAUGGUGUAAUUAUCUCCUUGGGUUUGAACAACGCUAACUUAGAACUGUGUGUGUCUGCCUCCAUUUUUUAGCAGUUUAUCGUAUGCUAACUAGCUAAUUAUACAGUAUAGGUUAGCAUAAUGUUGCUGUCCGACAACAGGCCCCUCGGAUCCCCGAACUCACCAGUUGGUCAUGUCCAGGAAGAAGGCGCAGCCGGCCGGGUUGAGCUGGAAUCCCAGCAGCCUCUGAAACUCAGAAAUAAGGACGUCCUUGUCCGUGGUUCCCAUGCAGCUAAACUUCUGCAUGAGCUCCGGGUCCACGUCCAUGUCGGUGCCCUCCAUGGGUGGCGGGUGUCCCGUAGCGGAGACGGGGUGGUGCGGGGAGGGGGGGACCACUCUCAGUUUAGUCCGAGGCCUUGUCCAGCCAUAACAACCAGCUCAACAACAACAACCGUCAGUGCGCAUGGCACGACCAGGGGGACGAUGUUUGACGUUGCAACAACCCGCGCGUCACCUUCGCCAAUCACGGAGUGGGCGUCGACGUCAUCUGUUGCUAUUUGCAGCCACCUUUUCAUUGGUUUAUCAAUGAAUCGUCUCUGCUCCUUAUGAAGUGCAGUACCAGAUAGCACCAGUAUACAUUUUUCUUAGAAUAGACCUAGGGCACAACCAAUUCAUAUAGCUUUAAAUCCAGGAUUAUUAAAACAAAUCAUCAUUUAUCAUUUAGUUUAUAUUAAUUUUGCUCAUUUAGUAGCUCACUAGAUAACCUACAUCAUAUGUUUGAUAGUGGAUGUAAUAUUUGCUCAAUUUUUUGGGCUAUUUCCUUUAGUACUACCAGCAUUCCCACUAUGAACCAAACUCUUUAUAAUUAUAUAAGGAUUUGUAUGGAAAUUACUGUUUGCAUGAUUUUUUAAAUUUUAUAUGUGCAACCCUGUGUUGUAAAAUGACAAAUACAGGAAACUUGUAACAUUGUAACUUUAUUAUUAGAACACACUCUUUUUAUAGCUGUAGAUUUUCCGAAGGUUUUUUCUUGACCAAUGUACUCGUGAACUGGAAAAUCUAAAUUUAGAAUUCCAUUGUUUAAAAAAUCUCUUCCUGUGGGCUAUCUUAAGCAUUUCAUUAAAUUUAAAAUGGCUUGACAGUUUUUCUAAAGUCCGUUGAGAUGUAUUGGUAUUCAUAAAAACUACAAAACCCUUCAAAAUAAUAUUCAAACCCCUUUCUCACAUUUUUACAAGAAUCAUGUAACUGUUGGUAUCAACAACUUUACACCUACUAUAAAGACACAUAUUAUUUGUAUAGAAAGUGAAGAAGAAAUUGGUCGGGUAUUUCCUUUUCUUUUUUGAUGUGUGUACAUGUGGACAUAAAUGAAGAAGUUUGUAAAAUCUAUAUAACUAUGUAGAUGCUCUUGUAAAGUAAGUACAAUGCUUUGUCUGCAAUUUUCUUUUGUUAUGUACUAGAAGUCAUAUUUCUUUAUUUGUUUGGAUGUGCUGUAGAUUGUAUUUGCUGUUGUUGAGUUUGAUUGCUUUUGGUUUAGAUUUAAUUUGUAUACUUGGGUGGUGACAAGUAUACAAGUUUGUGGGUAUUGUUCUAGCGUGUUUCUAUUUUAUGCUGCUGGGACAAAUACAGUAUAUAUAUAUAAUAUUUUAUUUUAUUUACAGGUAUCUUUCGAGUGGCGGUCACUUUCAGGCGGAACUAACUGUCGAUAGGUCUUAUAUCGGGUAGGAACACUUAUUGGGAACACCGGAAGACGGAGAUUGCCGGGAAACAUGCCUAAGUUUUACUGUGAUUACUGUGAUACCUACCUUACUCAUGAUUCGCCAUCAGUGAGGAAGACCCACUGCAGCGGCCGAAAGCACAAGGAAAAUGUGAAAGAUUACUACCAGAAAUGGAUGGAGGAGCAGGCUCAGAGCCUCAUCGAUAAAACAACGGCCGCCUUUCAGCAGGGAAAGAUUCCUCCCACGCCGUUCCCUGGUGGCCCCCCCCCAGGCGGUCCUCCUCGGCCAGGCAUGCUCCCAACGCCCCCCAUGGGAGGUCCUCCUAUGAUGCCCAUGAUGGGGCCCCCCCCACAUGGGAUGAUGCCCGGUGGACCCGGAGGCAUGAGGCCGCCGAUGGGAGGACCCAUGCAGAUGAUGCCCGGACCGCCACACAUGAUGCGUCACCCUCGACCGAUGAUGAUGCCAGUCAGGCCGGGCAUGAUGCGACCGGACAGAUAAGACCGGCUGCAUUUUCUCCGCUCUUUGUUGCCACGAACAGACACUGUCGACUGAGGACACUUGGCUCAACACUUGGAUUCUUCCUUGCGCCUUUUUUAAAUUUUCAAACGUCCAAUUUCUUCAACUUCAAACCUGAAGUCCCCGAUGUAAUUAUGUCAACUUUGUAUAAUUACUUCAUUGUCUUGUGCUGGUAUUUAUUACUAAACGCCUUCCAUUAGAAUUGAUUUUACAUCCCUGUUUCAAGUUUGAAAUAUCUCGUCUCACUUUGACAAAACUGUUCAGCACACAAGAGCGUGUUCGAUAUGACAAUAUUUGUUGGUAUAUUUUUACUUUUUGUUUUAGGGUUUUUACAUAUUUUUGUUGUAUUUCAUUGCAAUGCUUUGAGAAAUAAAACGGUGAUUUCAAACCAA